UGAGAGCCACCAAAACCAUGUGGCAUGUAGUUAAGUUCCUUCUCCUGACAGACGCAUUUGUUUGCUGUGGUUUAUUCUACCUCGUAUCAAAUAAUUUGCGCUGUCACAUACCUCUGUUACUGAUACCUUCCAAGAAUACGAGUUGUUGUUUAUUUAACCAGUCGUAGUGAAACUUUUGCACUGUUUGUUUGAUUCGCCUAACUGCGCGCGCCCCGUCGUGAGGAUGCACAGCUCUCAGAAGGACACCACAUACACCAAGAUCUUCGUCGGAGGUCUUCCGUAUCACACCACCGACUCCAGCCUCAGAAAAUACUUUGAAGUGUUUGGAGAAAUCGAGGAAGCUGUUGUCAUUACUGACAGACAAACUGGAAAAUCCAGAGGCUAUGGUUUUGUGACGAUGGCUGAUCGAGCUUCUGCAGAAAGAGCCUGUAAGGACCCAAACCCCAUCAUAGAUGGUAGAAAAGCCAACGUUAACCUGGCGUACCUUGGGGCCAAACCACGGAUCAUGCAGCCAGGAUUUUCAUUUGGUGUCCCUCAGAUACACCCCACAUUUAUCCAACGGCCUUAUGGAGAUAGUGAGGAUGAGCAUUCGCCAUUACUGUAUCCUCCCCCUUUCCGCCAGGUUAUGAGGAUUCCUGCUCACUAUGUGUACCCGCAGGCGUUCAUGCAGCCGAGCGUGGUGAUCCCGCACGUCCAGCAGUCGGCGGCGUCAGCGGCGGCCGCAGCCUCUCCGUACCUGGAUUACACCGGCGCGGCGUACGCGCAGUACUCCGCCGCCGCUGCUGCCACCGCCGCCGCCGCUUACGACCAGUACCCGUACGCUGCCUCGCCCGCCGCCGCGGGCUACGUCUCCACGGCCGGCUACGGGUACGUCCAGCAGCCUCUCGCGUCUCCCGCGCCCGGGGCCACAGCGGCAGCCUUCGCUCAGUACCAGCCGCAGCCGCUCCAGACGGACCGCAUGCAGUGACACCCGGAGGAAACCCGGUCCUUUGACCGUUCGUGACUGUGCCACUUUUUACCGUGUCCGUCAGCCAAAGAAACUUUUUUUAUUGUUCCGUUUUUUUUGUGAUUAUUAUGUUCUCGUCAUUUUAUUUGUAGUAUUUAAUAUUUAUUACGGAGAAGAAGUAGCUUGUCAAACAUGAUGCUGUUCAUUAACUCUAAUCUAGUUUCUUUAUGUACAAGUAUUUAAGGAAUAUUCUCACCCUCAUGUCACUAAAAAAACGUAUAGCCUACCUUAACACAAAAUGAAUAGCUCUUUACAAUAAGGUCUCAUUAGUUAAUGCAUUUUCUAAAAUGAACUAACAAUGAGCAAUUAAUUCAUAUUUGUUUAUGUAAGUGUUGUUCACAUUGUGUAUUAACUAAUGUUAAAAAUGUAUUAGUAGAUGUUGGAAUUAACAUUAGAUGUUAAUAUAACAAUAUUUUUCAUUGUUAGUUCAUGUUAACUUAUGUACUUAUGAAAUGAGACUUGGCUAUUUACACUCCAAAGUGGGCAAAAAGCACCAUAAAACCAUCAUAUUCAGAAAUGAUACACUACAUAAACAUCAAAUCUUCAAAAUUCCUGCUUUUAUUUCCCACAGAACUAAAUUCUGACCAACAUGAGGGUGAGUAAAUCAUGACAGAAUGUAUGCGUUUUGGUGAAUUAUGCCAUUAAUGCAUCACACAUCCAUUAUUUGUGUCUCAUCUCUAUAUAUGUUGAUGGAUGCCUGAUUAUUUUCCUAAACUCACAGCUACCUUGGCAUCUCACAGGCAUGACCUCUGAUAACCUCAUGAGCCUGCAUACAUGACUGUUGAAAUGAUUAUCAUGUAUUUGGGUUAGGAAACAAGACAAAGUGCCUUAAAGGACAGACUGUGUCUGCAGACAGUGUUCAGCUACUCUGUGCCUUACAUCUCAUAGUAACUGAUAGGAAAUGUUUAGUUGUACUUGCACAUCUGUUGGGGCUAUAGAAAAGGUCAAUUUUAUAUUUAGAACUAAAUAUUCAAAAAUAAAAGCUAUGGGCACUACUGAAAGACUGUACACUGUAUGUUUCAAUGUCAGUGGGCCUACUGAUCAUCACACUAUGUGCCUUAUUAUGGUUAAUAAAUGGAAGGGAAUGCCAUUGGAUUGGUUGUUGCCUUUGUGUAUAUUUGUAAAGGGACUGUGGAAUUUGGCGAAAGGAAAUAAUUGCAAUCAAAUACAAUUGAUGUCCAAGUAUUUUUUAUAUUAAAAGGCCAUAUCUAACAACACCAGUCCGCUUGCAACAAAGUUUGCUUUUCAGUCAUCCUGUAGGUCAUUAUUUACACACUGCGCUCUGUUGAUAAAAAUGCAUUUGCUAAAUAUUGCAGUAUCACAGCGAGUGAGUGACAUUUGAUAAAAUGUGUAUAAAAACAAUUCGGAUGAUUUAUUAAAAAGUAUCUUGUCUCACUUA